UUGUGGCAUUACAGUGUCACCAUCACUCUCUCUUCUCUCUCUAAACUACACCUUCACAGCAAACAGUGUGGGGAAUUGGGGGAAAUCUUGCAUGGGUGAUGUGAUGGAGGUGGGCAAGAGAAUCCGAGUGGUAUUCAAAGAUGACGACAUUUUGAGCGACAUCCAGAAAUUGGAGGGCUUGAGCCGCAGCUGGGUUCUGCUGGACCCCCACCGCCACGGCGCCGUUUCCGACCUCGCCUCCCAUCUUCUCCACGCUUUCCGACUCCACCAGUCCUGCCCCCACGGCCUCAUCCUCUCCAUAUCUGGCUUUGCCUUACCACCGUUUGUAUCUACCAGAAUUUUAAAAGAUGAUGAGAUUAUCAGUGUGCGGAGAAGGAAAGACAUUUUGUCAAUAGAAGGAAGCAAUGCUGCUGCUAAUGAUGUUCAGAAAUUGAAAACUCUGGAGAAGCGACCCGUAGAUGCUGGCGCCUUGCUUUUAGCAAAUGGCGAGUUUGAGAAAGAAAAAGGUGGUUAUGAAAGUGACGAAUCUGAAGAUGAUGAUGAAGACUUGUUGGACGUAGUUGAAGAUUCUGCAGCUGAAAAUCCAAGAAAGAAAAAUCGCAAAAGAAAAGCAGCCGAGAGGCUAGAAGGCAAUAAGGAGAAGAAACAACGUUCUGUGGUAACUGGAAAUGCUUCUGGUGAUGUUUGUAAAGAGAAAAAAGAUGCUUCUGUAGCUCGAGAUAAUGUGGAAAACAAAGAUAACCCUGCUAAGCAUAGUGAUGAGGACAAUGUGGUGGAGCCUGGCGAGGAGAGAAUUAUUGUUGUUCAAGAGAAAGACAACAAGACCGACGAUGCCGAAAUCCUCCCUAAGGAAACAAAAAAGGUUCCAAGUAGAAGUGCUCGGCGGGCGUAUAAAAAAAGAAUUUGGUUGCGUGAAAUGGCAAAAAUUCAGAAGCAAAAUGCUACUUGUGAAUCAGAGGGUCUACGAAACUGGAAAGAGGAUCAAGCUAAAGCUGACAGAAAAAAAUGGAAUGGCCAAUCAAAUAGACAGCAAAAGUGGAAAAAAUACCAAGCUGAGGGCGAAAGGAACAAAGAUGAUGGUCAGCCAAAAGGACUACUACACUGGAAGCUAUUUUCCCAAGACAACAGGGUUGUUAAGGGAAAGAAGCAUAAACGACAUAGCCAAAAUGAUGACUGUCUGGAACUUCCAAAACAAAAUGGUGAUGUUCGCAAGCAGAAAAAUCAAAAUGGUGAUGUACAACAUGAGCAGCAAAAUCAAAAUUACGAUAAACAUGAGCAGCUGACCCAAAUGAGUGACACAUUAGAGCAGCCAAGCCACGGUAUGCAUGAGCAACCUGAUCAGAGUAGUCCAUCAGUACAAGAAUGUAUAAAUCAAAACUGUGAUGCAUCAAAGCAAUCAAAUUAUAAUUGUAUGGAGGAGAAUGAAUUUGCUCCCAUCGAAAUAAGGCCAGGACAUAUCCGCUUUGAACCUUUGGAAGAAGAGGAAGCUGUGCAGCGAGAUCAUGCACCUCUGAAAACCUUUAAUUGGAAUGGAAUUACUAGCAAGAAGAAUGGCCAACAGUGGGGGAAGGAAAGCCGUAGAUUCACUCCUAGAAACGACUACGGAACCAGCAAAGAGGAUUCUGAAGCACUGACUAAAGAAAAAAAGAAACAACCAAAUGAGAGAAUCAGCUUUGAUAAGCUUCCGCCUCUUCCUGGCGCGCCUAAGAAAGGAGAUCUCAUUGCUUAUCGAGUUCUGGAAUUGUCAUCAACGUGGACCCCUGAGCUUUCUGCACAUAGGGUUGGAAAAGUAUCUUGGUACAAUGCAGAGUCCCAGCAAAUGAUGUUACUGCCGGUACCAGAAUAUCCACUCGUUUAUGAGGAAGAUGAUGAGGGUGAAGCCACAGAACUUGAUAACUCUCUCUAUAGAGAAGAUGGGUCUUUGGAGAUUGAUUUUUCAGCACUUAUUGAUGUACGUGUCCUUACCAAUGGAGGAUCAACACCAGGAAAUAAAGUCGUUACACGUGUGAAUGAAGUAUCUACAAGCAAUAUGAAUGCUCUGAAGACAGCAUUGCCUGGCAGCAGUGGCGAACCAACUUCCGAACCCAGCCCAGAUACUCGAGAAUCAGACCAUGGUAAAGAGACACAGCAGCCUAGUGGAGAAAUUAGUGGGAGUGUGUGGGACCAAUUGAGUGAGGCUCUAUAUGCCAAAAAGGAGCAACUAUUCAAGGAAAAUGGUUGGGGCAGUAACCCGAAGAAGGUGGUAAUCUCUAGUGACAAUAGUUGGGGGAAGAAUGCGAACAAGAUGCAACCGUCACCUGGAAGUAACUGGGGCAAGAAACCACAGCCGUCACAGGACAAAAGUUGGGGGAAGCAGAAUGUAGGCAGUAAAUCAUGGUCGUAUAAAGCUGAGAGGCAGCGCACUUGGUCCAACAAUGGCUAUGCUGAGGUCAAAGCGGGAUACAUGAAAGACCGGAACUAAAAGAAACUUGAUUGUUGGACUUUGUGAAGCAAUGAAACUUGUUGGCUAGUUUUUGAGGUUUUUUGCAUGUGAUAGCACCGUAUGGCCUCUCAAUCCGUGUAAAUGGCUAUCGAUUUCGAUAUCUUUAUUUUGGUAGGAAGCUUAGCUAAUUAAUCUUUUUACAUGGUUUGAUGGUUUCCUUUACUACUAGCUUGAUGGUUUCCCUUUCUAAUGUUUUGUAUACUACUAAUAUUUAGUGUUUCCAUAUCCAAA